AUGUCCGAUUCGAGAGUGCCAAAUCGUCGAGCACAACAUCGAAAACUGAGCGAAUCUCGUGGUGUUAAACUACCCGAUAUCGCUAUAGCACCGAAGGUGUUGAAUAACAAAUUUGAUGCAUCGAAAUUGAAAAACACCACAGAGAAGCAACUCAACGUUAGUGGUGAGCAGAAAGCGAGUAAACGCAAACAAGUCUAUUACUCAGAUCAGAUCCAAUUGGAGUCCGGAGCGUCCGAAAGCCGUUCACAAUCAGCCUCACCAAACUCUCCACCUCUUACAAGUUCACCUGUGGGAUAUGCCAUAAGGCAUCCCGGCGGCUUAUUGUCUAGCAGUCAACUAGAACCUCCAAAAGCCACGCGUCACACUCGUGAUACACCCUCAGAAACACCAACUGUAACUUCGCUGGACGAUGCACUGGAUAUAACGGUGUUUUGGCCGGACAAUCGAGGAUGUCAGCUACCACUUAUCAAUGGUAAAUUAGCAAAGGCUUCGGACAUAAUCGAUAUUUUGGCUGAAUAUUAUAGCAUCGAUGCACCACUUCUGCAUGAAACGUGUGCGCUCUGGAUGGUCUCAGAUCUGUUAGGUUGGUAUCUUCGUUCUUUGAUUGUCAGUUGA